UCAAAAUAUUAAUCAUGAUCAUUGGCUCAUUCGACCAGUUCGAAUGGAAAAAGAUGAUAAAAUUGACGAAUACAUUGACGAGUUUGAAAGAAUCUCCGAAGCAAAUGGUUGGAAUGAUGAGCGUCGAGCUAUAAUCUUCAAAGCAAUGUUACGUGCCGAUUCCGAUGCGUUACAAGUUUUGAUGGAUCUUAGUGAAUCCGAUCAAAAAUCGUUCCGAAAAAUCAAAUUGGCUUACGAGGAUAAAUCUAAACACAAUAUGAUGGCAAAUGUAAUGAAAUUAAUGUCGUUACAAAGAGAAAAAAAUGAAUCUUUGCAAAAAUUGCUACAACGUACUAUAUCAUUGGUCGAUAAGGUAUAUCCUAAUUUCGCUAAAGGUAAUAAGACACAAUUGACUCGUAAUCAUCUGAUCGCGGCUCUUGAUAAUAAAAUUCGUGAAAAAAUUGUUGCCUUGACCGAAAUUCCUAAAACGGGUAAUGAUGUCGUCGCUAAAGCUGAAGCAAUUGAAAAUGCAUCAAAAUGUAAUUUCUCAAGAUUCGAAGAUUCAAAAUCAUCAUCAUCGUCUAAUCAGUCAAUAAAAGCAAAUAAAUUUUGUGAUUUUUGUAACAAAAAAGGACAUAUUGAAGAAGAAUGCUACAAAAAGAAAAACAAAGAGAAGAAAGAAAAAAAAUCUUCAAAUGAAGCUGAAAAAGUUUUAAAAGUUGUAUCAAAUAAGAUGAGCAUGAAUAUUAUGGUUAAAUAUAAAAAUUCUUUACAUCAAGCAUUGAUUGAUUCAGGAAGCAGCAUUUCGUUCUUUCCUCGAAAAUUUGUUGAUGAUUCAAAAAUUAUUAAAUCAGAAAUUGGCAUUUCUGCUUUCACAUUUAACAAUCAUCCUAUUUCAAUUAUUGGUGUUAUCGAAGAAUUAAUCGUCAUUGAUAAUGUUCAGUGUACAUGGAAAUUUUACGUGGCUGAGGGCAAUAAUAAAUUUCUACUCGGAUUUGAUUUCUUAAAUUCAAAGAAAUUCAAAAUUUCAACUGAUUUUAAGUUUUUCAAAAUUUCCGAUGGUAAAUGCUCCGGCGAAACAAAAAUUAUCUGUGGCAAAUCUGAAAAUUCAUCUGAUUGUGACGAAUGCAAUAAUCUAAUCGUUUCAUCUAGUCAACAAAAUGAAGAAAAAAUUUCUAAAAAAUGUUUUAUCAAAUCGGUGUCAACUUCUCCAUCAAAUAGUGUUCAUAAUGAUAAUAAUGUCGAAAAAUUGUUGAUGAAAUAUGAUCAAUUAUUUAAUAAAAUUGGCGUAACUACUAUCAUCAAACAUAAAAUAAAUUUACGUGAAAAUUCUAAUCCAAUUCAAACACGUGAAUACGGUAUUCCCGAUGAUAUUAAAAAAGAUGUCGAUAAAGCGAUAAAGAAAUUAAUCGAUGAUGACAUAAUUGAAAAAUCGGAAUCCGAAUGGAAAAAUCAAAUUGUGCCAAUACGUAAAUCAAAUGGUUCUAUUCGAUUAACAAUCGAUUUUAGCGAAUUAAAUAAUAUUACCAAACAAGAUUUGUAUCCGGUACCAAGAAAAGAUCGAAUUAUUCGCUAUUUGAAAAGUUCUAAAUAUUUCUCCAAAAUUAAUAUGAAUGAUGCUUAUUAUCAAAUCAAAAUGGAUAAAAAUGACCGUGAAAAAACAGCAUUCCAAUGGAAUCAUAAUCUUUAUCAUUUUAAAAGAAUGCCGUAUGGGUUAUUGUCUGCACAUCAAACAUUUAUCCGUUGUAUGUCAAAAAUUUUUGGUAAACUUAAAUAUGUGAAGAUAUACGAUGAUAAUAUACUAAUUCAUUCAAAAUCAAAAAGUGAUCAUUAUAAUCAUUUAAGUGAAGUUUUUAAAUUGUUCAAAACAUUUAAUCUUUCGAUUAACAGUUCUAAAUCUUCAUUUUUAGUGGAAAAAAUUGAUGAUCUUUGUUUAUUAAAAAAAGAUGAAAUAGUCAAAACAUCUAUAAAAAAAGUUGAUAAAUCAAAAAAUGUUCAAAUUGCAUUACAUCGUGUUUCUGCCAUUCAAAUUAGACCAUGGAAUCAAGUUCAAGAAUCUGACGAAUUAUUGAAUAUACAAAUCAUGGCUAAUCCACAACUUUUUUUAAAAGAGGGCGAAGCAUGGUACAGAAGAGAUGGUAAAUUUUUGAAGUUAUGUUUAUCCAUGAUUUUGCUUAAUGAUCGUAUCCAUGAAACACAUAAUCAUUUUGGUCAUUGUGGAAUUUCUAAAAUUACUGAAUUAAUGAAACUUCAAUAUUAUCAUCCAAAAUUAGAAGAAAUUGUUAAAUCUUUAAUCCAUUCUUGUGAAAAUUGUCAAUUAACAAUAGAUGAUGAUCAAAAUCAAACAACAUUGAAGUAUGAAAAAAAUGAUUCAUCAUCAAAAGUUAACAACGUGGGGUCGAUUAAUUAUUUGACGACAUCAAGUUUUCUUAACGACAAAACAACAACAACAACGAUAAAAGAAUCGAGUUGA